UAAAUAAAAUACGCCACAGAAAAACGCCAAAUCGAAGGACGAUAAAACGCAGACUUUUUCAAUUUUUCUAGACGUCGAUACGUAGGAGAUUCUUCUUCCAUUUAUUUGCUUCAAGAAAUUGCAGCCCUCCGAGGGCCCUCCGAGAUCCUGUCUGCUUUGGCGACUAAGAACGCAAUAGGUGAUUUUGAGUAUACAAGAGCCAUGGGCAAUGUGGCGUGCAAUAUGUUUGACGAAAUGCCUAAGAGACAGGAUGCUGCUGUAUUGACUUUGUCAAGCUUCUGCUUGUCGUGGUCACGACUUCGCUGCAAAUUUAUGGAGUUGACCUGCAAAUUAGGGCUGUUGAUUCCGCGUUAUUUAUUGAUUGAAGCGAUGAAGCUGGAAUGUUGGAGAACUAAUGAGGAUUUGGGCCUUAGUGUUGUAUGCUCUGUUGAUUGGAUUUCUUGAAUUCGAAGUUUCGACUUCGGAUGAUGAUAGUAAGAGAAUUAUCAACAUUGGUCUGGUUUCUGACAUGGAAUCAUCCAGCUGGGAGGGGAAGGUCGUACGUAGCUCCAUUUCCAUGUCUUUGGGGGACUUUUACAACCUCAAUGGAGGGUACAGAACCAGGAUUGUUCUUCAUGUCAGAGAUUCUAAGGGAGAUUCUCUGCAAUCUGUUGCUGCUGAUGCAGCUCUUGAUCUUUUGGAGAAUGUCAAAGUCCAAGCUAUCAUAAUACCUCAAAUUUCAAGUGAAGAGUUGUUUCUAUCCACACUGGGCGACAAAGUCAAAGUCCCACUGUUAUCAUUUUCUUCACUGCCAUCGUCUCAUAUUCAGCAGCAUCCGUAUUUUAUUCAAGUUGCUGAAGAUGAGAUCAAUCAGUUCCAUGGCAUUGCUUCCUUUAUAAAACAAUUCAAAUGGAAAAACUUUGUGUAUUUGUACGAGGAUACCGCUGAUGCAAGACUAUCCCAAACAUAUAUAGAUAACAUAUUCCAGGAGGAUAACUUGGAUAUUGUGUAUCGAGCAGCCAUUUCUCUUCAGGCCACAGAUGAUCAAAUCAGGAAUGAGCUUCAUAAGCUAACAUCUAUCAAUUCUUCUAUUUUUGUGGUGCAUUUGUCGCCCCCGUUGGCAUCAAAGGUAUUUGUAAAUGCAAAGAUAUUAGGGAUGAUGAACGAGGGAUAUGCGUGGAUCUUGACUAGUAAGGCCAUGAAUUUAUGGGAACCUCAGAGUUCUUCAUUUUGUGAGUCAAUGGAAGGAGUAGUUGGUUUCAGGACUUAUAUUCCUGAUUCGAGUAAGCUCCAAAAUUUUACUUCAAGAUGGAGAAAAGAUUUUCAACAGAUUAUUGCAUCUAAUUUCACAAUUAGGGAGCCGAAUAUAAUUGCUUUAUGGGCGUAUGAUGCUGCUUGGGCCCUGGCAGAGGCAGUCGAAAAUGCAGUAGUCCAACCCUCUAAAGAUCAAGUUGAUGUUUUAGAUACACAACAGUUUGGUCGAAUAAAAGUUUCAAAUAUCGGUCCAUCCAUUGUGACUGCACUCAUGAACAGCAAAUUUGUCGGAUUAGCAGGUGAGUUUCGGCUUAAAUAUCAGAAAUUAGUCCAAGAUAAGUAUGAAAUACUAAAUGUUCUAUGCGAAGUCGAGAGACAAGUAGGUUUCUGGACGUCUACUUAUGGUCUCACUAAGAAUAUAUCUUCACAUGACAAUGUAUCCUCUAACAUUCUUGAAACUAUUGUCUGGCCGGGGCUCUCAUCCACAGCUCCACAAAAUUCAUCGAUCCAGACGAGUAGAAAAAGCUUUAAAGUCGGGAUCCCAUCAAGAGGGAGGUUCCAUGAAUUGAUACACACAGAGUAUGAUGAGCAAGGUAAUGCAGUAAAGUUCACCGGAUUUUGUAUGGAUGUGUUCGAAACUGCUCUUGCCAGAUUGCCGGAUAAGCUAUACCCCGAAUAUCUUCCAUUUGACAAUAGAAAUAAUAGCUACACUGACCUUGUACGGCAGGUCUAUGACGGGACUUAUGACGCUGCCGGGGGGGACAUAACUAUACUUUCGAAUAGAUCUACGUAUGUCGACUUCACGGUGCCUUAUACAGACUUAGGCUUAGGAGUCAUGGUGAAACUCGACAAUGAUCCUUGGUUUUUCUUGAAGCCACUCAGUAUGGAGCUUUGGAUAGUGAGUGCCUGUUCUUUUGUUCUGACGGGAUUCAUCGUCUGGCUUAAUGAACACCGCAUUAAUGAAGCGUUUCAAGGUUCUAUAGUGCAGCAAAUCGGCACUGCAUUGUGGUUUGCUGUCUCAACUCUUGUUUAUGCUCACAGAGAAAGAUUGCAAGGUAAUGUCUCCAGAUUUGUCGUGGGCGUGUGGCUUUUCGUUGUCUUAAUACUUACCUCCAGCUACAUCGCGAAUUUGAGUUCGUUGUUGACAGUGGCUCAAUUUAAGUUGUCGAAAACUGAGUACAUUGGCUACUCAGGCACUCCUUUCUUGCAAGGGUUGAUCAUUAAAGACAAUACCAUUUUCAGCGACAACAGGCUCAACCUGUAUAAAUAUCCCGACCAGUUUUACGAGGCUCUAAGAAAAGGAAGUAAGAAAGGCGGCGUGGAUGCGAUAAUAGAGGAAGUUCCUUAUAUAAGAUCGCUUGUUGCAAGGUAUCCACGUGAGUUCGCCAUGGUCAAAUCCUCGCAGCGAACUAGCGGAUUCGGCUUUGCAUUCCCUAAAGGAUCACGGCUGGUUAGUGAGAUGUCGAAGGCGAUAUCUCAGCUCAGAGAAGAAGGAAUGCUUCUUGAAAUGGAGAGGAAAUGGUUCAAAGGCCAAUUGCCGUUGUUUUCUGACGACAAUGAUCCGCCUAAACUAAAGCCUCUCAACAUACAUCAAUUCGCCGGGCUGUUUCUCAUAAACGGUACGUCUGAGCUCAUUGCUGUGCUAUUGUUUUUCAUGUUUUUGCUCCGCGAAAGACUGUCGACGGCCUUUCGCAAUCUGACAACCUUGUCUAGAGGAAUAUUGGAAUUCAUUCUGAGGUUUUUGUAUCCCAGGAUGAACAACAACAUUGCUGCUAAUGUUCCUCCAUAGAUACAACAUUUUUCUGUAUGUAUAUAUUUGUUCCUGUUGCUGUUUCAAUUUAUAUAUGUGACUCUGAAUUUGUUUAUAUUUUGGUGUAUUCAUAGAGAUAGAAGAUUUUAGGACAGGAGAAUCUUAUGCUGUAAUUUAUUUACAUUUUGAAUGCAAUUCAAGUUGUAAUGAACAUUCUUGAUUUGGUGCUUCAA